CGCAUCCUCCGACAUCCCACAGUGCACUGCGCGUCGGAAGUCCUUUCAAGAGGACAUUUCACUAAGGACACGACGAUACAAAAGCGAGGGACGCGUAUCAUAUCUGAACAAGAUGGCAGAAGUAAUUGAAGAGAAGAUUAAGAAUUACAGGACUGCUCCGUUCGACGCCCGGUUCCCUAACACCAACCAGACACGAAACUGUUACCAGAACUACCUGGACUUCCACAGGUGUAACAAGGCCCUGUCAGACAAGGGACAGGACACCGCACCCUGUGACUGGUACCAGCGCGUCUACAAGAGCCUGUGCCCUCUCAGCUGGGUGGAGAAGUGGGAUGGACAGAUCGAGGACGGAAGCUUCCCUGGGAAGAUCUGAAGGGUCACGACCUUUCACCCUCGACCUUCAGGACGCUUUGUAGAAUACACUAUAAUAUUAUUAACCACGUGUCACUCUGUAAAGACAGUUUUGUGUUCGUUUACUUAAAAUUGAAAAAAACAAACAAACAAGAACGCUGAGAAUGAAAGUUGAGCUGAAAGGUGAUGUGUAAGGGUCACCGUGUGACCUCUUACCCUCAUCUGUAGUGUCAUACCAUCCUGUCACGAGCCUUCUUUCUGUUCCAGUUUGUUACUUAAUAAAUACGCACAACGUCAACCAGA